UCCUGCAAUAAGUCAUAUUUCUAUAAAUAUACAUGUAUAUAUAUGCACCUGGACAAUGCUAAUCGCAUGGCGACUCCUGCCGCUGAUGCUGCUCGUACUGGCCCCACUGCAGCCGACACAGGCGAUAUGGUUUCCGUGGUACUUUCAUCGCUAUGGUUUCGAGCCGCACAGCAGCCGCCAUGGCGCAGCUAUAAAUGUGCCACCGUCCGCUGGCUCAGAGAAGGCUGCCACUCCCGCAGCCACAGGCUCGGAGACAUCCACAAGCAAGCCAAUCCAGGGUAAGGGCGAAUCUGAUGUAUGUCCGCCUGGGUAUCAGCUGAAGGACAAGAGCACCGCCACAUGUCCGCCCGGCUAUCAGUUGAGGGGCAAAGACUCUAGCGUUGGCAAGAAAGGUCACCUGUGCGAUGACAAUCCACUGGUUAUGCAGCUGGCACGCCUCUACGUGAUUAGUCCGGAGCGCAUUGUCCUGCUGCUGGCGCAGCCGAUGCUAGGCGAGUCCUGUGAAGAGAUAUCCGAUGUGCUGGAUCGCAUCAGCAGCGCCACAAGCAAUUGCAUCGUUGCCGAGGACAACAUCUAUGGCAAGCUGGCUGAUGGGCUGAGCUACUACAAGUCGGAGGUCUGCGACGGAGUGAACCGAAAGCGCCAGGCGCGACUUAACGAGGCCCACAACUGCCUCAAGGAGCUGCGCACCGACAUGAUCGAGUGCGAGGGCCCAGCCGAUUGGUAUGAGAAGCGCAAUGCGACCAGGGUCUGCAGGGCCUUCAAUGAUGUGCUCGACUGCUACUACACGCGCAGCGCCAUGCUGUGCGGUCGGGACGCAGCUCGGCUGCUCAGAUCCUUUGCCGGCGACAGCAUGAAGCGCGCGAUGAUCAAUAACUGCGAGGUGAACAGGCGGCUUCCCCGUGUCACAGAUGCUAUGCCCGCAUUCAGUGUUGCGUGUCCUGCUACGAAUUCCUUAAACAUUCUGUUGGCUUUUGCCUUUAUCAUUUUUCUUGCAUUUUAAUACGCAUAUACAUAU